AUGGCGUCUCGGAGAACGAUUGCCGAUGAAAAUAGGAAGUUUAAUAAGGAAUGGACAGUGAAGUACUUCUUCGUGGAAAUCGAUGGCCGUCCGUGCUGUCUAGUGUGCAGGAAAUCACUCUCCGUCUUCAAGGAGUAUAACUUAAGGCGGCACCAGGAAUCGAUGCACCCGGAUGAAGAACUCCUAUCAGCUACGGAAAGGUUACUACGAGUCCAGGAAUUGAUGGCCUCGCUAUCUGUCGAGCAGCGAGUUUCCUCGGAGAUAGAUCGUGCCGAUGCCGCUCUCAAGGAGGACAAUUACGAGACGAAUCGGAGACAUCACAGCGAAUGUCGAAGAGCAGCUUGCAAGAAGAGCAAAAUUCUUCUCGAAUGGUGGUCGAUAGCCAUGGAUGAAAGUACCGACGCCGUAGAUACGGCUCAACUAUUGAUAUUCAUCCGCGCCGUAGACUCGCAAAUGGAAAUUCACGAGGAAUUAGCGGCCCUGUGCCCCAUGAUGGGGACCACAACCGGUCGCGAUAUCUGUGAGGAAGUAUUCAAGGUGCUGGCCAAGCACGAACUCCCGUUGAACAAGAUACCCGGUUGUUGUACUGACGGGGCACCUGCCAUGAUUGGCCGCCGCAACGGAGCAGUUGUCCUCCUCGAGAAGAAGAUGAAUGCGACGUUCUUGAAGUACCAUUGUAUCGUACAUCAGGAAGCACUUUGCGCGAGGGUCUUCAAGUGCAAGCCAGUUUUGUCGGUGGUCACCGGAACAGUGAAUUCGAUACGCUCGCGUGCAUUGACUCAUCGUGCGUUCCGCGCUUUCCUGCAGGAUGUUGAGGCUGAGUUCGGAGACGUACUCUACCACGCAGAAGUUCGGUGGUUGAGCCGGGGAAGAAUGCUCGAUCGCUUCUUCACGCUGCGAUCCGAGAUUCUGAGUUUUGCGCGAGAGAACGGAAGUUUUGCGAAUGAAAUUGCGAAUCCUGAGUUCUGGCAGGACAUCGCUUUCCUAACAGACAUCAUGUCUCACAUGAACGAACUCAACCUGAAUUUGCAAGGCAAGAACAAGUUUGCUCCAGACCUCUACUUCGAAGUGAAAUGCUUUGUUGGGAAGCUUAAGUUAUUCAUGUUCCAUCCCACGACGGGGAACCUCGUCCACUUUCCAAGGACAAGCAUGGUGCUAACGGACCCCACCGAGAUCGAGAACAAACGAAGCGUCUCGUGA